GAAAUUGCCUCUAUCGAUACUGCGUUGAAUUGUAAACCCAAGUCGAUGAGUUCUGACUUUAAGGGUUAACAGCAUUGAUUAGGCUUGAAAAGAGCCUCUCUCUCUCGGUCAUGGACUUGGCUAUUCAGUCCAUGAGCCCAUUCUACUGAGUAUCCUCCCACUUCUAGUAGCGAGUGAGAGAGGGAAAGAGAGAGAUAAAGAGAGCUCUAUGGAUCUUGAACUCCUGUCAAAUCAGUGUUUUUGCCUAGAUGGUUUUGCUUGAAAGCCUAGUCAACUAGUAGCCUGUGCAUACUAUUUUAUGUCCUACUGUGAAGUUAUCGGUGAAACUAGAACAGUGAUAUUGUGAAGUUCGGGAAGCAUGCGUGUACCGAUUCUGCAUGACCGAAGUGGAGAAGAGUGGUCCGUCAACGAGAGUUGCAUUGUGGAAGGUCAGUGAGAGGGGAUGAUGUGCAGCUCUCUGAGUCCCAAGCACCUGGCCGGCCCGGGGCUCACAGAUAUGCAGCAGUACAGCCAGUGGCUGGUCAGCCGCCAUGAAGCCAGCCUGCUGCCUAUGAAGGAGGACCUGGCCCUGUGGCUCACCAACAUGCUGGGUCAAGAGAUCACAGCGGAGAGCUUCAUGGACCGUCUGGACAACGGCUUCCUACUUUGCCAGCUGGCUGAGACCCUGCAGGAGAAAUUCCGACAGAACGGUGGCGAGAUGGGCAAGGCCAUCCCCAGCCGGAAGAUCCCUUGCCGCGCCAGCGCCCCCUCAGGGUCGUUCUUUGCCAGGGACAACACUGCCAACUUCCUGGCCUGGUGUCGGGAGGUGGGGGUGGGAGAGACGUUACUGUUUGAGUCCGAUGGACUGGUUCUGCACAAGCAGCCCCGGGAGGUGUGCCUCUGUCUGCUGGAGCUGGGAAGAAUAGCCUUGAGGUACAAAGUGGAGCCCCCAGGUUUGAUUAAACUGGAGAAGGAGAUUGAGCAGGAGGAGACGGCCCCUCUGCCUCCCCCCUCCCCGAUCUCUCCCUUACUCUCCCCCACCAUCUCCCCCUCCCCCUCGCCCUUGCCCACAAAAACCAACUCCAGCAAAAAGAGCACAGGCAAGCUGUUGGAUGAUGCGGUCAAGCAUAUCUCAGAGGACCCGCCAUGCAAGUGCCCCAAUAAGUUUUGUGUGGAGCGGCAUUCGCAGGGCCGCUAUCGAGUAGGAGAGAAGAUGCUCUUCAUCAGGAUGCUGCAUAAUAAGCAUGUGAUGGUCCGUGUUGGAGGAGGCUGGGAGACGUUCGAGAGCUACCUGCUGAAACACGACCCGUGCCGUAUGCUCCAGAUCUCCCGCGUGGAUUGCAAGACCGCUCCCGUCUCCAUCAAGCCCCCCAACAUCAAGGACCUGAGCCCAGACAGCUACCUGGUGGUAGCAGCUCACUACCGCAGCAAGAAGUAGGGGUAGAAGAGAGGGGGCUGCAUGCACGCACAGGGAGCUCGGUUCUUCACUGGGUCCACCAUCACCAACACCAUUUCCCUAAACUGGUUUCAAACCGCCUCACUUUAGCUCAGACACAAAACACCCAUUGGUCAGGGCUUAUAGGCCCCUUACACAGGGCCUCACCCAUUCUGGGUUUCUUCACACAAUGCCUCGAAACAGUGGGCACACUCUCAUUGACCUCACAGCACAAACCCAGACCUGAUAUCACAUGUGGUAGGACUGAGGACUUAGCAGUCACUCCCUCACAGCCUUGAACUCAGGUCUCUGGGGUAAUUAUCAUACACACCGGCUACAUCACCAAAGACCUCCUAGAGGGGCAUGGUGCUGAUGAGCCGAUUAGCAUGACCGUAAUGGGAAGCCUUCAUCUUCGGGACUCGUGCUACAGGAGGUGCUUGUACAUACUUUGAGAUUGUUCCAGCUGCACAGUGUGUCUGUGUGUAUGUAUUUUGGGUGUGUAAAGGGCUUUGAUGUGUGAUGGUGGCAGUGCUGGUGGCAAGAGAGAUGUGUUGAGCUGCUGACACUUGUCUUCAUGGUGAAGUUACGCUCUGCAAGAGUGCCACCGCCACCACAGCUGCCUCACCCAUCACGGCAGCCAGAGAGUGAGAAAGUGGGAGUGGUGCUGCCUUUGUACAGUAACAUAGCAGGGUGUGGAGGACAGAGCAGUGCACAUUAAGCAUUCUUAAAGCACAGGGCAGCAUUAGCAGGCUGAUAUGAUAUUCACUUAGCUUUGUAGUCAAAACAAAGGAAAUGUACAUGUAGUUGGCUUUAAUGUAAAGGAUGGAUCAUCUUAGUAACUGAAACAUGUUCUUUUGGUCAUGUGAUGGAACCAAAACAUUUGAGUGAUUGGGUGUUAUGUUCAACAUAUGUUUUAUAUAAAAAAAGGUCUAUGUGAGAUGCAAUCAGACAGAGUGCCUUACACUAGCAGAUCUUCAUAUUGGUACCUUCAAGUGCCAUCAGCCCAAAGCAUCUAUUCGCUCUCAGUAAGCUGCCAGAAUGUAAAAUGGUUUGGCAUACAAGCCACUGUGUCCUGGUUGGCACAGCAAUGGCAGGUUCCAGGACGGGCUUGGACCAAUGACCUAUGACCUGAGAGUGAUGACGGGGAGAAGAGAUGUUAUUUGGCUUCUGAAGCAGCAGAGGCUUAAUGCUAUUCUACAUGAGAUGGUGACACAGUGACAGUUAUGCAACACUAAUCAUGUAAAAUGUAAUUGUAUACGUUUCUUGCUGUAGUAAUGAUCGUUUUUAGGGUGGUUGGGUAAUUAUUUUAUCCUUGAAAAGUCAGUCAGCACCUGAAUGAUGUAUGGUGGUUGAAGAAAUUGUUUCAUUUACUUAUCAUUGAAAUUAUUAUAAAUUAGUGACUUUUUAAUAUCUUUCUUGAACUGGAUAUUUUUAUCAGUAGAUGACAAUCAUAAGCAACUCAAAAACCUUUCAUUUCAUGAGCAGUUGCCUGAUGAUGUUCUCUCUUAAGACUCUUAAAUGAAUGAGGGUGUGGUUGAAUGAGAAUCUUUCUGGUACUGUUGUAUUUAAUAUAAUAUCUAAAUGUUUUUAUUUCCUUCUUUUUUGUUGUAUUUUGUUGAAUUUUAAACUUAAUCUUUAUACCUGAAAUUAAUUUACCCUUUUCUUUACUUUAUAUGAUGUCAUGUUUCAUUGGGAAGAUGAGUGUUGGUAAGUCUCAUUAUGUACGUAUGUCAAAGCCUUGUUUCCCAUAGUUGGGAUUCUCAACUAAGCUAAUCACCAUCUGUACUCAUCUCCUGAAAGCAGACUUGAAAAGUUUAAGGUAAAAAUUGUCAGACUGUGUCAAAGCAGACUAUUUAAUCAUUAUUAAUUAGUGUGUAUGUAGUAUGUAUGUAUGUAAUGUAGCAUACUUUCAGUGUGGAACAGAGGAUAUGUUUGUUUCAACCUGAUUGAAACCCCAUAAAGUAUGUGCUCAUAAAUCUGUUAUUAAUUCAUAA